AUGGCCACCGCCAAUGCUCCAUUCGCCUCCGCUCCCGCAGAAGAAGACUACAUUGACAUGGAACUCACCUCUUCCCCUUCUUCCAAAUCAUUUUGCUAUUCCAUUGGAUCACCCCCGCCACCGCCACCGCCACCGCAGGCGGCCAGAGAUUUCGAGUUCCAAUUUCAAAUGACAUCAUUUUCCGGCGAAACAGAGGCGACAACUUCGCCAGCCGACGAUCUGUUCUACAAAGGAAAAUUACUCCCUCUCCACCUCCCCCCCCGUUUACAAAUGGUUCAAAAGCUUCUUCAUAGCCCCAACUCCCAGAACCCAUCAAGAAAAGCGGAAUCUUUCUCAGAAAAUUUCGAGAUUCCUUUCAUCUCCAUUAAAGCUCCACCUCCCGAGUCGUGCAAUGUGUCACCCAGUGAGUCGUGCAGACCGAGUUGCGAGUUGAACCCGGAUGAGUUUUUGUUGGGGUUUAGAGGGGAAAUUAUAAAGGAUUUUGUUAACCCAACAACAGCAACAACAAAAUCAUGGUCAAAGAAAGUGAAGCAAUUGAAACAAUCUUCACAAGCUUAUUUCAAAUCAUUAUUUGGGAAAUCUGUUUGUUCUUCUAACAACAGAUCCUCUGUUUUCAAUGAAGAAACGGAGAACAUUUUUGAAAACAGGAGAAAUUCAGGAAAGUUCAUUAAAGUUUCCAAAAAAACCCCUUUUGGUAGAAUUGAUUAUAACAAAUGGCAGAUUCCGAAUCAAACUUUAGAGAAGGAAAAAGCUGAAGAAUUCUAUGGUGGGAUUUUGAAUAUUAACAAUCAUAGAAGGUCAUUUUCUGGGUCAUUUAAGAGAAGCAUAAGUUCAAAUUCAGAGAUAGAGAACUCCAUUGAAGGGGCAAUUGCUCACUGUAAACAAUCUCAAAAGAUGAUUGUUAAUUCAAGAAAAAAUGAAUCUGAAUCUCAACUACAAACUUGCUCUCUCUCUGUUUCUAAGGUUUUGCCUUGUGGGGAUCAGAAAACUUCCCAACUUUGCAGGAUUUGA